GAGAAACACUGUCUCAAAAACUCAAAUAUAUCUAUAUAAGCAUAGAUGUAUGUGUCUAUAUUUAUAUCUAGUGUUUGUUUUCUGAGUUCCAGGUAUUUUAGGAAUGCUUGUUGAUCUGCUAGCAUUUGGCUUUUUUCUUCUGCUACACCUCCAGUAUCGACUUCUGAGAUUUUCCGUGGUUUCUCUUGCUUAUUUCAACUUUGCUACAUUCCUAAUGGGGGACCUGUGCCCUCCAGUCCCACAGUGUGGAAAUGUGUGUGUUGGUACCUGCGCUUCACAGCCAAGCUCGAUGAAGCAUAUCCUCCUGUUCUUAAGUUGAAAAGAACUGUGUUUACCAGCAGGGAAGACACACGUAAGGGUUAAUCACCCAGUGCCUUGAGCCCCUCCUUCCUGUGAAGAUGCAGAACAAACUUGUGCAUGUGGGGUGCACGCCUGCUGUGGGGUAAACUCUCAAGAGCAGCAGGCAGCGGGAACGAAGACAGUAGAUGACACGCAGGCGCAGUCUGCCAGAGUCUCCGUGGAAUAAUCUGGAGAAAGCAGAGGAACAGCUGGAAGAAGUGGCUGACACCAGAACCCUACCUUAGCCAGAAAAGCAAAGCAGGGAACUUGACACAGCAGAAAAGGAAGUCCAGAACCCAUCCCAGGGCACUGGCUUGUUUCGGGAGCUCCUCACUCACACAAAGAAGGAACACGGAUUGCGGACGUUGGGAGCCAGAAGGACUUAGAAAAUCUGCCCGAUUUCACAGUCGUGCUCGUUCUACACUGCUGGAAAGGAGCCUCUUGGAACGCGACGCUCAGAACCCCACUGUCCCGCUAAAGAGGACGCCGUGGCUACAGUGAUAGCAGUGUUAGCUUGCGUGGGCUGCUUCUUCAGAAUCGUGUUUGCUUGUAAAGCGCAUGGAUUCUGCUGCAGUGCUGAGAGCUCGGGUCUCAGCGUAGACUUCUCUACUGCCUGGUUCCUUUUUUCCGUUCCUUCCUGUUUCUUCCCCUUCCCGUUUCACCCCAGGUUUCACAGUAUUUGCAUAUCCACCCCCGAGUAGGUUUAAGGCUUGUGAUUCUUUCUUCUGAUUGUAGGGAUCGGAUCUCUCUGUGGACCAGAGAGCUCCACCCCGUGGUUUUAAAUUCUCUUGCUGUAGUCUCAGAGGUACUUGCCCAUUUAGUGCCUCUGCACCUUCUAGUUGAUGGUGGGAUACUUAAGCACCAUGCUUAGUUCUUGUUUAUAAGAAAAACAAUUAAGAAUGACUCGGGUUUUCUGAAGAAAGCAGGUCUCUUCUCAAUAUGGCCUCACCAAACAUUUACACUGACGUGAACUUCAAAACUCAACCUGUUUCUGCAGGCAGUAUCUCAGACUCAGGUCCGCCAAGGAAGACCACCAUUCACAAAAGCAUUCCUGGCUUUCCCACGCUGCUUCUUACCUCAAUGAUAUUUUUCCUGCUGCUGGCAAUCUCAUCCUCUGUUGCUUUGAACAUUUUGUUUCAAUUAUAUUCUGAUCUCCUUGAAGAAAAAAAUACUAUAGAACAACUGAAUCACACAAAAUUGGAUUGUAUGAGAAACCACUUGUCUGAGGAAGACAAAGUCUGGAGCUGUUGCCCAAAGGACUGGAAGGCAUUUAGUUCCCACUGCUACUUCGUUUCCACUGACUCGGCAACUUGGACCCAGAGUGAGGAGAAGUGCUCCAGCAUGGGCGCUCGUCUGAUGGUGGUCCACAGCAAGGAAGAGCAGGAUUUCAUCACCAAGAUCCUGGAAGUUAAAGCUGCUUAUUUUAUCGGGCUCUCGGAUCCAGGUCAUCGACAGUGGCGAUGGGCUGAUCAGACACCAUACAAUGAAAGUGCCACGUUCUGGCACCCAGGUGAGCCCAACGACGACCAUGAACAAUGUGUUGUGAUAAAUCAUCGACGUUCUAGUUGGGGCUGGAAUGACAUCCCUUGCAGUAGUAAACUUAAGUCAGUUUGUCUGAUGAAGAAAAUAUAUCUAUGAAAAUGUAUUCCCCAUGGACACAUGAUUGCAUUUUUAUCCACCAUUACACAGACAUCUGCAAAGUUCUUGUGGAAGAGAUGUCCACAAAAUUUUAGGUAGGCAUCCCACAGUUAUACCUAUGAUAAUACGGGUCCUCAUACACAUUUAUUUAUUCAUCCUUACUCUCUUUAUAUAACGAGAACUUCCCAUGUACCAGAGACUAUACAGGAUCCCUUUGUGCAUAUGUGGAAGCACACCAGCUUCUCUGUCCAUUCUUAGAUUCCUGAAGGCUUAAUUGAUGGUAGAAUUGUAUGGUGUGGUCCCUCUACCCAUUUCUCUGUCUCCUUUUCCUCUGUUAUUGAAUUUAUUGAUGCCUAAUUGACAAAUAAAUCAUGUAUACUUACAUUA